AUGGUUUUCUAUCCGCCGGACUGGGUUCCCAAGCUUUCACCGAUCCCCGACACUGUGCCCAUCUCCCAGUUUAUGCUCGACGACUCCUAUGGACGCCGCCCUCUCGCGCAAUCGCGAAACCCAUUCACAUGCGGUCUUUCAGGGAGGACUUACACUUCGGCGCAGAUGGUGGAGCGGGUAGACUAUCUGGCGAGAGGUCUAGCAAAGGAGUUUGGAUGGCAGCCGAAUGCUGGAACAGAAUGGGAUAAAGUAGUGGGCAUAUUUGCUCUCAAUACCGUAGAUUCCAUGACAUUAGCAUACGCAGUGCACCGACUGAAUGGAGUCGCAACACCUGCCAACGCCGCAUACUCUGCCUCAGAGCUUGAGUUCCAGCUAAAGUCUUCUGGGUCCAAGGCUCUUUUCACUUGCAUCCCCCUCCUCGACAUCUCCUUACAAGCAGCAAAGGCUGUCGGGAUCCCGAACAACCGCAUCUACAUCCUUGAGCUCCCUAAAGAGCUCUCAGGGACCAAGCCUGUUCCUUUCAAGACAGUGUCGCAGCUAAUCGAAGCUGGUAGCAAGAAUCCCGAGCUGGAGGAGCUCAAGUGGGAGAAGGGACAGGGUGCGAGGCAAACGGCCUAUCUCUGUUACUCUAGUGGAACCUCUGGUUUGCCUAAAGGCGUGAUGAUCAGUCACAAGAACGUGAUUUCCAAUGUCAUCCAAAUCGGCCUCGCUGAGAAGCCUGCUCGCGACGCUAGACCCGAGAACGAGAAGACCGAGGUAGUACUCGGUCUCCUGCCCCUCAGCCAUAUCUAUGGGUUAGUUGUCAUUGCUCAGGCAAGCACCUACCGAGGGGACGGAGUCAUCAUCUUGCCCAAAUUCGAGCUCCAGUCUUUCUUAAAGGCCAUUCAAAUCCAUAAGAUCCGGACUCUGUACCUGGUUCCUCCGAUCAUUAUCCAGUUGGCCAAGGACCAGCAAGCUGUCUCGAAAUUCGAUCUCAGCAGCGUCCGCGGAAUCUUCACUGGAGCAGCACCACUCGGUGCUGAAACAGCAGAGGAUCUGCAGAAAAAUCCAGGUCUUACCGAAACUUGCACAGUCGUCUGCUCCACCUCGGAAAACGAUAUAUGCUUCGGAACAAGCGGCUCCCUCAUCUCAGGCGUCAGAGCCAAGCUCAUCUCUAGCGAAGGAACUGAGAUCACAGGCUACAAUCAGCCUGGAGAGCUAGUGGUGCAAUCCCCAGCUGUAGUCCUCGGAUACCUGAACAACGAUAAAGCGAACAAGGAGACAUUCUUGGAUGACACGGAUGGAUUUGGGAAAUGGAUGCGCACGGGAGACGAAGCUGUGAUCCGCACAUCGCCUGCUGGAAACGAGCAUGUGGUUAUCGUAGACCGGAUCAAGGAGCUCAUCAAAGUCAAGGUCAGCCCUCUCUUUGCUGUGUGGAAAACCUUCGCUGACAUGACGAUCCAGGGCCUUCAAGUCGCACCCGCCGAGCUCGAAGCCCACCUUCUCACCCAUCCUUCGGUUGCAGACUGCGCCGUCAUCCCCGUGCCCGAUGACGCUGCCGGCGAAGUCCCCAAAGCCUUCAUCGUGAAAUCCUCCUCUGUCGGUCUCGAAGACAACGACAGAUUGGUAGCGAGAGAGAUUGCGAAACAUGUGUCCGAGCAUAAGACCAGGCAUAAAUGGUUAAAGGGCGGCGUGGAGUUUAUAGAUGUCAUUCCAAAGAGUCCGAGCGGCAAGAUCUUGAGACGUUUGUUGAGGGAUAAGGAGAAGGAGGCGAGAAGGGCGAAGGGUGCGAAGCUGUAG